CCGGCGUAUUUUACUUCAACGAAUUCCAAUUUCUGCUACUGAAGACCUUCGUUCUCAUUUUAUUGGUAACUUUGUUAUUGAUUGUCAUUUCUUGGCGUGUUUACGGCAAACGGAUUUCUGAGCGGUUUAUGAAACCAGGCAUGGAAUCUUAGACUGCAUGAAGGUAGAGCUCCCAAUCCCUGUCAGCAUUAUACCAACAUUAGCAAUCCAAGCCACAUUGGACACAAUAGAACAGCUCAAAGAAAGUGUUUCAAAGCUGAAACUGCCUAAAGAGCACACACCGAGAAUAUAAAGAGCACACACCUAUAAUAUAAAAUGGCAGACAAAAUUAUAAAUUUUUUCAAGAAAAAGAAGUCAGACGUUCAGUUUAAGCGGGCAGGGCCCGGUCACAAGCUGAGUGAAGCCACGUUGAGCAGCCAGAGCUCGGCGUCAGUGAAGAAUGAGCCAGUGGUUAGGCGAACUGGGUUGUCGGCGGAGAGUAAGACUGCCGCUGAAGCAGCACUGGCCAGAAUGCAGAAGAAGAACACGAACCCCGGAUUCAACACCUCUUAUGCUGCAAUACAGGCGCAAGUUAAAAAGGAGCUUGAAAACGAGAAGGCGACAACUUCUAAGCCGCAAGAACUGAAAGCAGAUAGCGAACCUCAAAAAGAGAACACAGAAGAGCUAUUGUUACCGAAAAAUAUGGCUACAAAUGGUGUGUUUUUCAAAUGUCCAAUGAUUAACGAUGAGGUAUUAACUAAACAAGAAUGGAAAGCGAAAAUAAAAGCUUUUUUGUAUGAACAGCUGGAGGAAGAGAGAGGGCUGACAGCCUGUCUAAUUAUACAGUCCUGUAACGAUAACAGGGAAAAGGUGAACACCUGCGUGGAAACGCUGUGCAAGUAUCUAGAAAACAUAGUUACUUAUCCUGAGGAGGAGAAGUACCAAAAGAUCAGGAUGUCUAAUAGAGCGUUCACAGACCGUGUACAACCUAUAGAGGGCUCCAUGGACCUGCUGAUGGCAGCCGGGUUCACUCAGCAGACGCUGCCCAACCCGGACGGCCAGGAUGAAGAGUAUUUGGUGUUCAACAAAGAUAGCGUGCCUAGCGUCGAGAGUUUGAUUAACCUAAUAGAAGCACUCCGUUCAGCCGAGCCGGUACCUCUAGAGCUAGACCGCGGUCUACAAGUGCUGCUGCCAUCGCAGGCCGUCACCAAGGUGCAGCUCCCGCCUUCCUUCUACGCGCUCAAGCCUGAGGACAUCAAGCGAGAGCAGCAGCUUAGAACCGAGGCCAUAGAAAAGAUGCAGAUGCUCCGCACGAAGGCGAUGCGUGAGAAGGACGAGAUGCGAGAGAUGCGCAAGUACAAGUUCGCCAUCAUACGGGUUCGGUUCCCCGAUGGGAUACUUUUGCAGGGCACAUUCUCCGUAUACGAGCACUACAGCGAAAUCCACGACUUCGUGCAACAAAAUCUAGAAUACGACUUACCCUUCAUCCUUAACACGCCCACCGGCCACAAAUUGACCCUCGAAGAGGACGCGACUAAGACCCUUAUCGACCUUCGGCUGGUACCGGCCACAGUGCUUACUUUCGCGUGGCACGCGUCCGUGAUAGAUCAGAUUAAUAGUAGUCCGAAUAAGGAUGUGUAUUUGAAGCCUGAAGUUAUGGUUCUUGUUAAUGAGAUAUAGGAUUGUGAUAGUAAUGAAUGAUGAUCAAAUUCACAUUAAUAAAGUGUCAUUCUAUGGAACUUAUUAACUAUGAAAACAAGUCACUAGUAAAUUCAUCAUUCAGAGACAAUUUUAAUAUGGCGGUUUGUUUACAUAGUUAGCAAGUUCCACAGAAUGAUACUUUACAUUGACAUCGCAUUAGCAAGGCCUCGGUUACAGGCCAGGCAGGGUUAGUGUAAGUGGAGGUACACGAGUUAUAUAUGCAAAAAAUACACGAGAUUUAAGGAAAUCUCAAGUUGCGCCAUCUAUCAUCUAUCAUCGCCUUAGAAGCUCAUGGGGAGGGGAUCAUCAUAAGUCUCUAUUGGUUUCUUGUCUCCACUCUAACUUAUUUUUAUGCGUAAUACGUUUUAAGUGACAAAAUGUAAAGGUGUGUUGUACACCGUAAAAUAUGCUGCACCUGCCUUUAUGGCAGAUUUAUGAUUCUGUAAAAGCAUUUUCCGAAAUUCUUCCUUCCACUAGAUUAUGUUAUUUAAUUGUUGUUAAAUUAUUGCACCUCAUUGCACUUUUUAUAUCUGUAUAAUAAAAUUUUGUCCUAAUGUGUUUUGUUUUUUUAUUAUUUAAUAUUCAGUGCCGAAAACCCGAGUAUCGGGUAUUUUAAGAUUUCGUUUCCAGGCCGGACGACCCGAUAGUCGGGAUCGUGGUACUACUGCUUUAUAUGACGAAAUUGUAGUGGCCUGGCGCGAACGUUUCGUUUGGCUACGGCAAUGAAUAUGUUAAAAAAUUUAAGUUUUUGUUAUUACUAUUGGUACAAACAGCACUAACUGUACAUCGGUGGACCUUAUUACAAAAGGCAUAAGGUCCACCGAUGUACAGUGAACAGUGUGGGCGAUUACAUGUCUUUAAUUCAAUGGUGGUAUGAAUAUUUAAACAAAAGUAUGUAGUUAAUUAAAAACAGAUAUGUACAGUCACCUGCAAUAAUAUGUUACACAACGAACUUGUACAUUUGACUGUUUAUUUGAUCCUGAGAGUGCUUUGUGCUUUAAUCAAAUCUUGCACUUGCAUUUAAGUCGUACACAGUAAUAUCAAAGAUAAAUAACCCAUAAAAACUCCCUUUUUUUCUGAAAUCGCUCUAAUCGUACGUAGGAGGAGGCGGUAAAUUAUAUCCUGCUUUUAGUAAUGAAUAUAUCAAGGUGCGGAGAUGCAUGCAUAGACCCACGGAUAAAUCAUAUUCAUAUGGCUUUUUAAUAGAUGUAAAAUAAAUACGUCUAUAAUUAUGACAAACGUCUAUGGUUAGUUAGGGCGGUAUUCCACGUGUCCAAUCCUUUGUCCAAUGUGCAUUGCGUCUCCCUGUCUCUCAAGAUAUCGGACAGGUGGAAUACCGUCCUUAAUUAGAUAGCUAACUCAUUUGACUGGAUAUUUAUUUUUGCAUAGCAGCCGUUAUUGUAUUUUGUAUAUCGAGUUGUAAAUUGGUCGAAUAAAUAUUUAAAACAACGUUAUAA